CUCUUCUGGCCCUCUCCCCGUGACCGGCCCUCCCCUCCCGCCCCUCCCCUCGGAGCGGCUCCGGAAAUGGUCGUGCUGGGCUUCGCUGCGGCUGCGUUGGGCCUCGCUCCCCGGACUGAAGGCGACUGAAGAUAGUAAGGGGAUCCUUAUGCAGCAACACGUGAAAUGAACAAAGCUCCACAGCCCUCAGGAGGAACCCCAUCAGCCCCACACCCCUCCCCUUCUCCUGGACUUCCACAGCAGUCAGCGUUUCCUCCUGGCCAGGCAGCACCUGUGGUUUUUAACCCAGCGCAAGCUACCCAGAUGAAUACGCCUUCCCAGCCUCGACCGCAUUUCUACCAGAGCAGGGCCCAGCCUCCGACCAGUGCUUCCCGGGUGCAGAGUAACACGUUGGCUCGGCCUGGCCCACCCACUCAUGUUUAUCCAGCUGCUUCCCAGGUCAUGAUGAUCCCUUCACAGAUCUCCUAUCCUGCUUCGCAAGGUGCCUACUACAUCCCUGGACAGGGCCGCAACACGUACGUUGUUCCAACCCAGCAGUAUCCUGUCCAGCCUGGUGCCCCCAGCUUUUACCCCGGAGCCAGCGCCACAGAAUUUGGCACCUUUGCUGGUGCAUAUUAUCCUGCGCAGAAUGUGCAACAGUUCCCAACUUCCCAAGUCAUGAUGAAUCCACAACCACCGAUCCCACCAAAGCGAGAGCGCAAGACAAUCCGAAUACGAGAUCCAAAUCAGGGCGGCAAGGAUAUCACAGAGGAAAUAAUGUCUGGCGCUAGGACUUCCUCUACCCCAACUCCACCACAGGCCGGAAGCGGUUCAGAGCCACAGGCCAAUGGGGAGACACCCCACGUAGCAGUUAUUGUCCGCCAAGAUGAACGUUCCAAGGCCAGUCCAGUAGUAAGUAAACCGGUGUCCUUGGAGACUAGUAAAUCAGCAUCCCCAUCUCCCCCACCGCCCCUGACAGAGGCGGAGCCUGUGCAGCCGGCCACUGUGACGCUGGUGCGCCCAGAGAGCCCUGUUGCUGUGGACACUAGAGAGGAGCUGCUGGAGGUCCCCGAAGGUAUCCUCGAGCCCAUUAGCACCACCACUACAGUGCCAGGGGGCCCUGUGCCCCCUCCAGAAUCCUUUGUCUUGGACACAGAACCUCGGGAAGAGGUAGCUGCUAGCCCUGUCCCGGAGCUUCCUUCCCAGCCACCAGAAAUGCCGGUGGAUGAAGAGGUGGUAGCAGAAGAGACAGUGGUUACCCCACAGGAGGCUUCUCAGCCAGAGGAGCCUCCUCUGACGCUGCCGUGUGCGCCUCCUGUUCCUUCUCCUUCGCUGGAGGAGGCGCCCGAAGAGGUCAUUGAGUCAAAUGGAGUUUUAGAGGAGGAGCUGGUGGAGGCAGUGCCCGAGGUGCCCCCGUGUGAGCCAGAACCAGCCAUGGAGUCCCCCAUUGCUCAGCCGGAAGAGCAGGCCAUACCGUACGGGCUGGAGACCCCAGGGAAGCAAGAGGCCGAAGAGCCGGAGGAGCAGCCCGAAUCGGACGUCAGCCCCAUCUCGGAACCCGAGGAGGUGAAGCCCGAGGAGGUGAAGCCCGAGGAGGUGAAGCCCGAGGAGGUGGUUGUCCCGGUGGCCGCACCUGCUGCUGAGGAGGAGGUGGAGCCAGAGGAGGAGGAGGUUGAGGAGCCGGUUGAGGUGCCAGAGCAGAGUGCCCAACCAGCAGCAGCACCCUUGGAGGCCACAGAGGUGACUACGCAAGUAGCCGUAUCGGUGCCAAAGAAGAAGCGAAAGUUGAAGGACCUGAACAAGAAGGAAGCUGUUGGAGACCUGUUGGAUGCGUUCAAAGAGGUCAGCAAGGGGGGCUCUGAGACAGAGAACAAUCCCCCAGUGUCAGCCCCAGAGCCUGAGGAACCUGCCCCAGCUCGCACCCAGGAGGAGGCUGAGGAGACUUGGGAACAGAAGGAGGAUAAGCUGGAUCCUGAGAAGGUCAAGCAAGCGGAUCAGAAGUACCGCUACAAGGAAGAUCAGUGGAAGCCCUUGAACCCAGAAGAAAAGAAGAGAUAUGACCGGGAAUUCCUGCUGGGAUUUCAGUUUAUGUUUGCUAGUAUGCAGAAGCCUGAAGGGUUGCCCCAUAUCAGUGAUGUGGUCUUGGAAAAGGUGAAUAAAAUGCCCCUGCGGCCCCUGGACCCUGUACGCCUGAGCACUAUGAAUUGUGGACCAGACUUCACGCCCUCUUUUGCCAACCUGGGCCGCCCAACCCCGCCCAACCGUGGGCCGCCCGCAGGGCCAGGGCAGCGGCGUUCCCAGCAAAGCCUGAGAAAGGAGCCCCGGAAGAUUAUUGCUACAGUGUCUCUGAAUGAAGAUGUCAAGCUCAACAAGGCUGAGAAGGCUUGGAAGCCCAGCAGCAAGCGGGCCAGCGAAGCAGAAGAUCCUGAGAACCUAAAAACUCAGGAGCUGUUCCGACGUGUGCGCAGCAUUCUGAACAAGUUGACACCACAGAUGUUCCAGCAGCUAAUGAAGCAGGUUACUGAGUUGUCCAUUGACACAGAAGAACGCCUCAAGGGUGUCAUUGACCUCAUCUUUGAGAAGGCUAUAUCUGAGCCAAACUUCUCUGUUGCCUAUGCCAACAUGUGCCGUUGCCUUAUGGGGCUAAAAGUCCUAACUACUGACAAACCCACCAUCAUGGUCAACUUUCGCAAGGUACUUUUGAACCGCUGCCAGAAAGAGUUUGAGAAAGACAAAGAUGAUGAUGAGAUUUUUGAGAAGAAGCAGAAGGAGAUGGAUGAUGCAGCUACUCCUGAAGAGAAAACCCGUCUAAAAGAGGAGCUGGAUGAAGCCCGGGACAAAGCCCGCCGGCGCUCUCUUGGCAACAUUAAGUUCAUUGGGGAGCUCUUUAAACUAAAGAUGUUGACAGAAGCCAUCAUGCACGACUGUGUGGUGAAAUUGCUGAAGAACCACGAUGAGGAGUCACUGGAGUGUUUAUGUCGACUGCUCACUACCAUUGGCAAAGACUUGGACUUUGAGAAGGCCAAGCCUCGAAUGGAUCAGUACUUCAACCAGAUGGAGAAGAUAAUUAAGGAGAAGAAGACAUCCUCGCGUAUUCGGUUCAUGCUGCAGGAUGUGAUUGACCUCAGGCGGAACAGCUGGGUGCCAAGGAGAGGGGAUCAGGGUCCUAAGACCAUUGACCAGAUUCACAAGGAAGCAGAGAUGGAGGAGCACCGCGAGCACAUUAAAGUGCAACAGCUGAUGUCCAAGCAGGAUAAGAGGAGAGGACCUCCAGGCCCAUCAUCCACAGGGGGACGAGGAAACUUGGUGUCAGAUGAUGGUUGGAACACCGUUCCCAUCAGCAAGGGUAACCGACCUAUUGACACCAGCAGGUUAACCAAGAUCACCAAGCCUGGCUCACUUGACACCAACAGCCAGCUCUUUGCGCCUGGUGGGCGGCUGAGCUGGGGGAAAGGCAGCAGUGGUGGUUCGGGUGCCAAGCCUGCUGAACCAGCUUCCGACCCCAGCCGGCCAGCUACGAGUACCUUGAAUCGUUUUUCAGCCUUACAGCUGUCGGCUCCUGCAGAGAGCCAAGAUGUUCGGCGUGUGGUGCAGAGAAGCAGCAGCAGUCGUGACCGCUCUGAAAAGGGCAGCGAGCGCAGUGAACGCCCGGAGCGGGAGCGGCUGGAGCGAGGUGAGCGCGUGGAGCGGGGUGAGAGGGUGGAGCGGUCGGAGAGAAACCGGACCCCGGUCACCAAGCGCAGCUUCAGCAAAGAAAUGGACGACCGGAGCCGGGAGCGCGAGCGGCAAGGUGUCCUGGAAACGGUGCGCAAAGUGGCGAGCAUGACAGAAGAGCGGGACCGCAGCAGGGAGCCUGCAAAGCGUGAGCCAGCAGCUCCUGAGCCGCCCGCCAAGCCCGCCUUAUCUGAGGAGGAGCUGGAGAAGAAAGCCAAGGCCAUCACCGAGGAAUACCUGCACAUCACUGACAUGAAGGAAGCUCUGCAGUGUGUACAGGAAUUGGGCUGCCCAGCUCAGCUCUACAUCUUUGUCCGGAAUGGCAUCGAGUCCACGUUAGAGCGGAGCACCAUCGCUCGCGAGCACAUGGGGCUGCUGCUCUACCACUUGGUCAAGGCAGGCCACCUCUCCAAGGAACAGUACUACAAAGGGCUGCACGAGAUCCUGGAGAUUGGGGAAGACAUGGAGAUUGAUAUACCCCAUAUAUGGCUGUACUUGGCAGAGAUUAUCACUCCCAUUUUGAGAGAAGGUGGGACCCCCAUGGAGGAGCUCUUCAGGGAGAUCGCCAAGCCCUUGGUCCCUAUUGGCAAGGCCACGACUCUGUUAGUGGAGAUCCUGGGCCUGCUUUGCAAAGGAAUGAGCCACAAGAAGGCAGGGACGUUGUGGAGAGAAGGCGGACUGAGUUGGAAAGAGUUCCUGCCUGAGAACCAGGAUAUCAAUAAGUUCAUCACAGAGCAGAAAGUCGAAUAUACCAUGGGCGACAGUUCGGAUGCCCCGAAUCGGAAGGAGCUCACUUCUGAAGAACUGUGCAGACAGCUAGAUAAGCUAUUAAAAGAGAAUGCCAAUAACCAAAGAAUAUAUGAUUGGAUUGAGGUAAACCUGAGUGAACAGCAGGUCUCCUCCAGUAUGUUUAUCAGGGCCCUGAUGAUGUCAGUGUGCCAUUCAGCUGUAGUCUUCGAGAAUCCUUACCGGAUGGACAAUCUUGUGAUUAAGAGCCGAGCCAAGCUGCUGCAGAAAUACUUGAGCGAUGAAGAUAAGGAGCUUCAGGCUCUCUAUGCUUUACAGGCCCUAGUGGUGAAGCUGGAGCAGCCAGCAAAUCUCCUCCGAAUGUUCUUUGAUGCCUUGUACGAUGAGGAUGUGAUUAAAGAGGACGCCUUCUACAAGUGGGAGUCGAGCAAGGACCCAGCCGAGCAGCAAGGAAAGGGUGUUGCCCUCAAGUCGGUCACAGCCUUUUACACUUGGUUGCGUGAAGCUGAGGAUGAAUCCGACAACAACUGAGCCCACAAGGGGGGGCAGGGGCAGACCAAGCCUGCCCAGCUGCUCUGGCCCCUCCCUGGAGCCUGGACUCCCUCGGGCGGUGGUGUGGGGAACCAGACGCAGGACUGACUUCUGCGAUCCUUCCCCCCCGCCACCCCGAAUAGGACUUCUUUUCCUUUCUUUACCUUUUUUUUUUUUUUUUUUGGUUGGGAUUUUUUUUUCCGUUUUUUGUUUUAACAGCCUGUAUUGGUUUGUGUCUGACGAUAAUAAAUUGAUGCUGAAGGAG